UCGAAGCAAGAAGAGCUGGACAAACUGAACAAGGAGUUGCUUUCACUUCGUGAGGAAAACGAUCAAUUGAAGAGCAAUGAAAGGAAAUCUGAAUCGUUACGGAAUGAACUGGAGCAACUUCAGCAGAAACAUGAGAUGAUGCAGAAAGAACUGAAAGACUCAGAAGAAGCCAAAGCGCUUAAGAAGAGCGAGAUGGAAGAUGAGUUGGUGAAACUACGAAAAGAUCUGGAAACAAAGGAUAGUACCGUUACCAGUGACUGUAAUAAUACUGCUUUUAGACGUUAUUGUAAUGAUAGUGGGGCAAAAUUUUAG